ACCUUUGACAGUGAUGACAGUAGCCGUCAAAACGACGACAGCAGAGAAAACCAAACAAAAGCGACCGUAGCUGAUUGCGCCAAAAGAGACGAGAUUUGUUUCAACGAUCUGUUGCCAACGGCCAGUUUUCAUAGUUUUUCUGGUAUAAAGUGAUGUAAAACACGAUGCCACGACCAUCACAAUCGCAAAGCCAACGCUCAGCAGUGGAUAGGAACAGUUCCACCCAACCCAUGGAUGAAAGCCAUCUGAUCAGGAACAUGGUCAAAACGAUACUCAAUCUAUCGAUACACAAAUUCCCAAUUAAAAGAUCCGAAAUCAGCAGCAUCGCUCUGAAGGGAGAUACCCGGCUUUACAAUAGACUCAUUACCGAAGUGGAAAAUAUACUGAGCGAGAUAUAUGGCUAUCAGCUGGUAGAGGUGGAUAGUAAAGGACAGAAAACGGUGAUCCUGUGCUCCACUUUUGGAACGAGUUCUUUCACAGAACUCAACGAAAACUAUCGUCGAAAGUACACUCUGUUGUUUGUGAUAUUGGGUUACAUUUUCAUGAAAAACGGUACCAUUCCGGAACGAUUGUUGUGGGAGUUUCUGCAAACAAUCGGUGUCGAUGAGCAGCAUGAGCAUUCCUAUUUUGGUGACCCCAAGAAGCUAUUGGAAUUAUUCAUAAAGCAAGCGUAUAUUAUGCGCUUCAAGCAAUCGAUGGAGGGAAUGAACGAAGAAAGCGUAUUCCUGAGCUGGGGUGUACGAGCGAAUCAUGAAGUGUCGAAGAGGGAAAUAUUCGAAUCGAUGUGCAGACUGAUGAACCGGAAACCCAGUGACUUUAAAACGCAGUACAUAGAAACGCAAGGCUUAACAGAUGAAUCGAUGGAUGACGAACAUGAGUCAGAGGAGCUCAUGUCAGAUGCUCAUGUGUACAAAAUGUUUGGAAAUGAACGCAUGGUUGGUAUUUCCGAUCGUAGUUGA